AUGUACCCUCUUGGAGCUCUCCACGGCCGAGAGAGACCUGCUGAGGCGACCGCCGUUACCAUACCGGACACAUGCGACCUGCCUCGUUUGUCGGACUUGAGUGGUCCAUUCAUAUACUUCAGUCUGCAUGAGAUUGCACAUCUCCGGGACGUCGACAUGAUUCUACGUAUCAACUUGAAUGAUUACACGUACUGGUGCAUUCCAUUUGGAAGAACAAACAAUGAUUGCGAUGGAAACACUAGAACUGUGAUCGAACCUCGAUCCCUCUCAGCUGCUGACGUGCAAGAUGGGAGCUGCAGAGAGCUCCUGCUUGGAACCCGAGGAUAUCUUUUAGCUUUCUCAUCUGCCCCCUGUACGACAGGUUUUAAGCUCCAGCUUUCCAACAUCUGUAUGAUUCAGUCUUCGAACCUCUCGUUACCAUGUGCAGUUUGUCGAACGACUAUUCACUCUUCUGGAGAAUUCUGUCAGAGCAAGAAUGAACUUCAACUUCGUGAAAUCUUUUCAAACUUCAAACCAACAUACGUGGAAAACUUUUUGAACUUCAGCUUUGAGAACGCUAACGGCCGCCCUGAUGCCGCAGCCGCGGCCGAUUGCGGACAGUAG